AUGGCCGCCUUGUUCCAAGGAAUGCCGUCUAUGCAGCCGCUACAUACACUCCUGUGGGAGAAUCUUCCCAUGACGACGCCGUGGGAGCCCAAGCGAGACAUGCCUGAUCAGACAGGCCGAGUCGCCAUCGUGACAGGGGGUAACUCAGGCGUGGGCUACUACACGACGCUUGAGCUAAUGCGAAAGGGCGCUCGCGUGUACAUGGCUAGCAGAGACCCCGAGCGGGCUGCCAAGGCCAUUGCCCAGCUUCGCGAUGUGAAAGACGACGACGGAAAUCUACUCAAGGGCGAGGUCAAGCUGCUGAGGUGCGAUCUCUCCGAUCUGGAGAGCGUCCGAAGCGCUGUCGACGAGUUCACGCAGCAAGAAUCCCAGCUGCAUCUCGUCUUUGCCAAUGCCGGUAUCAUGUUCCCACCUUAUGACCAGAAGACGGCGCAAGGCUACGAAAUGCAGUUUGGCACUCAUGUCCUUGGCCACCACGUCCUGAUCCGGAAUCUGCUUCCCGUUCUUCGCAAGACGGCUGCCAUUCCAGGACAGCCGAAGGGCGCGAUACGAGUGUGCCUGACAAGCAGUGCGGGUCACAACAUGCACCAGCGCAAGGGCUUCGACAAGCACGACCCAGAGUGGGCCAAGCCUCUAGGUGUCAUUGGCAUUCGCCUUCCCGAACAAUAUCACCAAAUCUUUCGCUACGGCCACAGCAAGUUCUGCAACAUUCUCCAGUCAAAAAAGUACGACCGAGAAUUUGGCAACGACGGAAUCGUCUUCACGUCAGUCAAUCCAGGCAACAUGAAAACAGGCCUGCAACGGCACAUGCAUGGCCUUGGCAUGACGGCCCUCUUCCUCAGCAUUCAGCCCAUAUUAUACCCCAUCCAAAAGGGCUGCAUCAACCAGCUCUACGCCACCACAGCGCCGGAGAACGCAAACCUGGGCGGAGCCUACUUUGGUCCCUGGGCCAAGUUGUCCAGGCCGGCCUUCAAAGCCCACGACGAAGGAGCCCAGGAUAAUCUCUAUGAAUGGCUCGAGGACCACUCCAAGGGUUUCGUCUAA